CCAAAGGAGAAAGAGUGUGAAGCAGAGGAAUCCAUCCAGGAGAAGCUGCUCCCAGCUCGCUCUCAGGGGAGCUUGAGUCCAAGAAGCAGGAAGUGCUGCUCCUGAGGAGAGAGACAUGGGCCCUGCCAGCUGUGCCUUCCUGAUGUUUCUUUUGCUGGGGUUCUCAGUAUGUGGGCGACCUGUACUCUCAAGCCGCAUUGUCGGAGGUCAGGAUGCUGUGGAGGGGCGCUGGCCCUGGCAAGUCAGCCUACAGCUGGCAGAUGCCCAUAUCUGUGGAGGUUCCCUCAUCAGUGAGAGAUGGAUCCUGACAGCGGCACACUGCCUACAGAGGACAUGGAAUACUUUUUUAUACAGUGUAUGGCUGGGAUCCACUAAAAUAGGCUACUCAAGUAAAGCUGUGAAAUACUACGUGUCCAAGAUCAUCAUCCAUCCCAAAUAUAACAACAGAACCGCAGACAUUGCCUUGUUGAAACUGGCUUCCCAAGUCACCUUCACUUCUUUCAUCAUACCCAUCUGCUUACCCACCAUCGCAAAGCAGCUGAAAAUUCCCCCUUCUUGUUGGGUGACUGGAUGGGGAAAAGUUAAGGAGAGUACAGAUGACAAUCACCCUUCUGACCUCCAGGAAGUAGAACUACCCAUUAUUCACCGCCAGGCUUGUGAACGACUUUAUAAUCCAGUUGGUGUUUUCUUUCCAGAAAUGGAGCCAGUCAUCACAGAAGACAUGCUUUGUGCUGGUGAUACGCGGGGAAUGAAGGACAGUUGCCAGGGUGAUUCUGGAGGGCCUCUAUCGUGUGACAUUGAUGGUGUCUGGAUCCAGAUAGGCGUGGUAAACUGGGGAUUGGAAUGUGGUUCAUCUCUUCCUGGGGUCUAUACCAAUGUGACCUAUUACCAAAAAUGGAUUAACGCCACUAUCUCAAGAGCAGAGGUCUGGCGUGGCAACAAUCUGGACUUAUCUAACGUCUUGGUCCUUACUGUACUACUCUCUUUGGCUUUCCUGGGACCCUCCUAUGCCUCUGGCACUAACAUUACUAGGAGAGUAGGCAAUAUAGCUGAAGCUGCUGGUUGA